CGGGCGGCGCCCGCCGCAGAGCAGCCACCGCAGCCCCCGCAACCAUGAGCUCGUACGGCUACGACCCGUUCUUCCCGUCCUACAAGCGGCGCUACGCGGACAGCCCGCGCAUCCAUGUGUCGGUGCGCAGCGCCGGCGGCUUCGGCUCUGCGCGCUCCGCGUACUCCAGCCUGUCCGCGCCCGUGUCCUCCGUGUCCGUGCGCCGCAGCUACGCCACCUCCAGCGCCUCGGGCUCGCUGCUGCACUCCGUGGACAGCCUGGACCUGAGCCAGGUGGCCGCCAUCAGCAACGACCUCAAAUCCAUCCGCAGCCAGGAGCGAGCGCAGCUGCAGGACCUCAACGACCGCUUCGCCUGCUUCAUCGAGCGCGUCCACGAGCUGGAGCAGCAGAACAAGGUGCUGGAGGCCGAGCUGCUGGUGCUGCGGCAGAAGCACGCCGAGCCCUCCCGCUUCCGAGCGCUGUACGAGCAGGAGAUCCGCGAGCUGCGCCUGGCCGCGGAGGAGGCGACCAGCGAGAAGCAGGCGCUGCAGGGCGAGAGGGAGAGCCUGGAGGAGACGCUGCGGGGGCUGCAGGCUCGCUACGAGGAGGAGGUGCUGAGCCGCGAGGAUGCGGAGGCGCGGCUGCUGGAGGUGCGCAAGGGCGCGGACGAGGCGGCGCUGGCGCGGGCGGAGCUGGAGAAGCGGGUGGACAGCCUGCUGGACGAGCUGGCCUUCCUCAAGAAGGUGCACGAGGAGGAGCUGGCCGAGCUGCAGGCGCAGAUCCAGUACGCUCACCUGUCGGUGGAGAUGGACGUGUCGGCCAAGCCCGACCUGUCGGCAGCGCUGCGCGACAUCCGCGCUCAGUACGAGAAGCUGGCGGCGCGCAACAUGCAGAACGCCGAGGAGUGGUUCCGCAGCCGCUUCACCGUGCUCAGCGAGAGCGCUGCCAAGAACACGGACGCCGUGCGAGCCGCCAAGGAUGAGGUGUCCGAGAGCCGCCGCCUGCUCAAAGCCAAGACGCUGGAGAUCGAGGCCACCCGCGGCAUGAAUGAGGCGCUGGAGAAGCAGCUGCAGGAGCUGGAAGAGAAGCAGAGCGCGGAUAUUUCCGCGCUGCAGGAUACAAUCAACAAACUGGAGAACGAGCUGAGAACCACAAAGAGCGAGAUGGCUCGGUACUUGAAGGAAUAUCAGGACCUGCUCAACGUGAAAAUGGCCCUGGACAUUGAAAUUGCAGCUUAUAGGAAACUUCUGGAAGGGGAAGAGACCCGGCUGAGCUUCACCAGCGUGGGCAGCAUCACCAGUGGGUACAGCCAGAGCGCUCCCAGCUUUGGCAGGGCCGCCUACAGCGGGCUCCAGUCCAGCUCCUACCUGCUCAGCUCCCGCCCCUUCCCCACCUACUACUCCAGCCACGUCCAGGAGGAGCAGAUCGAGAUCGAGGAGACCAUCGAGGCUGCCAAAGCUGCAGAAGCCAAGGCAGCUCCUGCAGAAGAGGGCGAGGAGGAGGAGAAGGAGGAAGGAGAGGAGGAAGCGGGGGAAGAGGGUGAAGAAGAGGAGGAAGGUGCUAAGGAGGAAUCAGAAGAAGCCAAAGAGGGUGAGGAAGAGGAAGGAGAAGGAGAAGGGGAAGAAGCAGCAGCAGAAGAAGGGGAGGAGUCCCAGGAAGCUGCUGAGGAAGCUGCUGAGGAGGAGAAGGAGGAGAAGGAGGAGAAAGAAGCAGCAGGAAAGGAGGAGAGCGAAGGCAAGAAGAAAGCUUGAUCUGCUCUCCAGCAGAACCCCCUGACUGAGCUCCAGCUGCAGUCUCACCCCUUUAAUUCGGUGCCCACUGAGGUUCCAGCCCAUGAUUCUGAUGUUUCUCCCCGUGCAGAGUCUGAGUUUGCUUGCAGAGCACCCAAGGCUUGCUCCCCGAGUGCCGCAUGGUUCCACGUAUGAGUUCAGGGCUCCUGUCUCCCCUGGGUGACCCAGAACCUUCACAUUUCCAAUGGGAGGGGGAAAAGAAGUGCUGGGAAUGAAAGGUUAACUUUAAACUUGCAUUUAAAAUAAUUCUGGAAACGGUGGGUGGGGGAAAUGGGGGAGGCUUCAUUAAGUACGUGCAAUAAAGCUGUCAAUAAAGUUCAGAAAUGCUUACACGGA